UUGUCCGUAUGUAAAAAGAAGCCACGCCGCCGGGUGAAUAGUUGAAAUACAAAUUUUCCUUUGCCUCUGUUCCAUUGUUCUUGAAUUGUUACCGUGGGUUUGCGAUUUAUUGUCAAUUUGGGUCCAUCACGCUCGUUAUCUCGCUACGUGUUUAGUGUUCUGAGGAGGAGUGACGAUUUGGGUCAAUUUAGGGUUUUGAUAAAGAGUGACGAUGAUGGAGGAAAAGCGGGGUGGAGAAAUGAGUGCCGAGGAAAGGGAGAAAUCCAGUCGCAACCUUAGAGAGUGGCACGGGGUUGAAAAGCCGGAAAUUUGUCACCAGAAGCUGGUAGAUAAUUUUAAGAGAGCUGCAGCCUGCGCUGGGUUCAAUGAAUCGACGACUUCUCUUCCUCCUUCAAAUUACCCUCAGGACGCAAUGAUAAUGCUCUACGGCCUAUAUAAACAGGCAACCGAGGAAACCGAGUUUGAUGAUAUUCCCUUGCCUAAAUCAUCGGAUGAAUUGGAGCAAAACCUAUACCGGAUCCGGAUUGGCAUGCUAUGCAUGCCACCUACACUUGCGAUGAUGGACUUUGUGGCAACUGUGGAGGGAGUAGACCCAGAAUAUCGAGCCAGGGCGUCAAGUUUUAGCAGGGAAUCGCUUGAACAAUAUGAGUUGAAUGAGCAACUGCGAGAGAAGGAACAAAGGAUACUCGAGUUGGAGAGAAAGCUGGAAGACAAAGAAAGGGAGCUGCACGCUAUCAGACUAGACAAUGAAGCGGGAUGGGCUAAAGAGGAUCUUCUUAGAGAGCAGAGCAAAGAGCUACAAACGUACAGGAGGGAGUGAGAAGCCCAGCAUAUCAAACAAAUCCAUGAACUUCAGGGUCUUUUUCAAGAAAAGGUCUGACAGCUGAUGGAGUUGCAGGAACAGGGUGAUGUUGAACAGCUGCAACACAAGCUACAACUAAUGGGAUCCUCACAAUAAGAACUUGAGUUUCUCCUGUUGCAAAAGGCUCUCUCGAGAAAAUCUGCUCAAGAGUAAAACAAGCAAAUUAUUCCGUUGAGCUGUCUUGAUGGCUCACUGGAACUCUCUAGUAACGAAUUGCGAUUCUUGUUUGUAUGCUUGGAUAGUAUUUAUUUGCUUUUAGUUUGCAUAUUCUUGUUAUAAACAAGAAAUUCAGGUGAAUGCGUUGGCUAGGAGUAAAUUAACUCGUGGUUCUAUGUUUUUUA